AUGCAUCAUACAUACUUGCCCAGUUCUCCAUGGGAAAGCCUUAUCUUAACCUUGUCCCACACCGUCGUCCCUCCACGGGGGGCCGAGCGCUCCUGUGCCGAAGGCAGCCGCGCGGUGGCACAGACGAGCCGCGGCGCCCCAGCCCUGCGCGCGAGGUCGGGCCGUGCCCCACAGAUGGCGGCGGGCCGUCAGGCGCACCCCAGGUACGAGUGCGUCGCCGGCUACGAGCUGUGGCAGGAGAUGUGGUCCGAGGGCAAGAGGCAGUUUUGCUGCUCGCACUACGCCCGCGGCUGUGACUCAGACACCACCCAGAGCAGCAGCUCGACUCCUUCUUCCCCGACCGCGUCGGCCACGUCGACGACGCUUGCGGCGACCAGCGAGGGGGCGUCCGCCCCGACGGACAAGCCGACGGCCACGUCCACGACCACCACGUGCGGUGCCCCCCCAGGGGAGUUCGAGGCCCCCGCCCCGGCGGACGAGCCGCCAGCGGCGUCCACGACCACCACCACGAACACCGAGGGCGACGCCCCCUUGGAGGAACCCGAUGCCCCAGAGGACGAGCCGCCGGCGGCGUCCACGACCACCACCACGAACACCGAGGGCGACGCCCCCGUGGAGGAGCCCGAUGCCCCAGCCCCCGUGGACGAGCCGCCGGCGGCGUCCACGACCACCACCACGAACACCGACGUCGGCGCCCCCGUGGAGGAGCCCGAGGCUGCCGCGCCCGUGGACGAGGCGUCGGCGGCGUCCACGGCCACGGCCACCGCGAGCACCGAGGGUGGCGCGGCAGCGGAGGGGCCAGAGGCCACGGUGACCAGCGGGGCCGUCCCCGCGGGGGACAAGCCGACGGCGACGCUCACGACCACCGCGGCGGGCGCUCCCGCGGGCGAGCCGGAGGCCAAAGACGUCGCCAAGGAUGCUACUGGAACCGCUGCCGCUGCCUGGAAGUCGCCUUGGAGCAGCGACGCGGGCGGAGGCGAGGGGAGUUCCCCCGCGCGGCUGCGGCGCGCGGCGGGCUCGGCCACGCUCCAGGCCGCCGAAGUCCGCCAGCCCCGCGGGCCCGUUCGUCCCCCGGCGUGGCGCCGCCCUCCCAGGCUGGCGAUGGUGGGCUGGUGCGCCGCCGUGCUGCUGCCAGCGGCCGCGUGUGCGGCGGCGUGGCUGGCGUUGCGGCGACGCGCGGGCCCGCCCGGCGCCGGGUCGCCGGACAGCGCGCCACUGCUGCCCGAGGAUGGCGCCAACGAGAUGUUCGCCAGAUUUGCACACCACCGCCAUCUCUUUUGGGGAAAGGGCUUGCUGUAG